GUAGUAUUUGCUAUCUCAAGCCCUAAUUCAGUCUUCGUUGUGUGUUCUCUUGCGAAAAACCAAUGUCUCGACGGGAGGGUCGAGAAUCCGACUCCAGACGCCACCGCUCUAGGUUCGAUCGAGAACCAAGUCCUAAGAGAUCAAGGAGGGAUGGUAAACCGGCAACAGAGAGACUGUCCAUCAACCCUGAUUUGGAUACUGGAAAUCAUUCAAAUCGGGAUGAAAAGCACCACCGUCGUCUGCAAGAUGCUUUACCUCUUGAGGUCCCUGUAGCAUCUGAUUCUAAAGUAGAAACUGGUGCUCUGAGCAAGGAAUCUGACAAGAAAACUAAUGGACAUAGUGAAGGAACCAAAAAUUCUUUGGACCCUGCAGAAGUACCCCGACCUCGUACUUAUUUUCAGCACGAUGAGCGUGGUAAUGCCGCGCAAGUAGGUCGAAGCUUCAGCCGCAGAGCCGCUACUGAGCGUGGAUGGAGUGAUUCAAAGGAUCGGCAUAGUGAAAGAGUGACAAACAGGUCAGUGAUUUCUGACACACAACAAAAAGAUGAGAAACCCCAAGCUCGGAAGGCUGAUGAACGUGUUUGGCGCCAUGAUGGGUUCUUUGAAGUGGAGGCAGAUCCACAGCCACCUGCAAGGAAAAGACCUUCAUUUAGAGAGAGAAAAAUCCCCGCGGACUCUGAAAAUACAGAGAAGACAGGAACGGAUACUGUGAAGCCAGGUCGUCCCGACCAUUCUGUGUUGGGAAGUGAAAGAAAGGAGGAAAGAGGAGGCAACAAACCCCGGCCUUCAGACAGAUCUGAAAAGACAUUUGAAGGGGAUAGGGAUGCAAACAGGGAAGAGACACGAAGGGGUGGCUUUCCACCUAGAGAUAGAUAUGGUGGUGGUGGUAACUACAGGGGAAGAGAAAGAUUCAAUGGGAGGCGAGGAUAUUAUCCAGGUGGUGUCCGUGUCGAGAAAUGGAAACAUGAUCUAUUUGAUGAGGCUAACAGGAGUCCAAGCCCAAAGAAGGAAGAGGAUCAAAUUGCGAAGGUUGAAGCACUCUUGUUGUCAUAAGAAUGCAGCUGCUCGAUCAUUAAUGGCGUUCUUUUGCGGCCUUGUUACGUUUGUUGAAGUGCCGAGUUAAUGUUUUCGUGUACUCAGAAUAUUUUGCCCGCAUGAAACAUUGAUUUUUGAACACAAACUUGCUUCUUGUUUUUGUUCAUGCCUGUAGUUGCUGUACUGGUUGCAUUUUGAGUCUCUCUUGUACUACAUUCUUCUUUGGCUACUAGUAUUUUUGAUCUGGCCUGGAA